GUCGUUUCUAGUCACUCUUUUCCUUGGCUAUUUUGGUCACCGUCUUGCUUUCUUGUGUUUGGUGCGUGCAACUUUUUCAUACGUCUUUUUUCUUCUCUAUCCAUUACCAGCUGGACGGAAAACAUGAAUUUCGCCGCGAAAGAAAUGGGCUUCUCGAGGCCGCUGUCUGACAUCGAGGAUGGGAGAAAUCAGAGUGAGGAGUGGAAGCCGAGGAAACAAGAGUUUGCCGUCAUGAUCACCAUUGCCAUUGUUUCUUUGAUGGUGGCAUUAGACGCAACGAUUUUGGUCCCUGUCCUACCGACACUGGCCCUUGACCUGGGUGGCUCGGCAACAGACGCCUUCUGGGCUGGAACAUCCUACCUCUUAACAUGUGCCGUCUUCCAACCAUUUAUCGCCUCUCUAUCCGACAUAUUUGGCCGAAAGGAAAUAUUGCUGCUGUCCAUCUUUAUCUUCACUUUGGGGACAGCGCUGUGUGCACCCGUAGCCACAAACUUCACUGUUCUAUUCGCAGGCCGCUCACUCCAGGGCAUCGGCGGUGGCGGUAUCAUCACCAUGGGCCAGGUCAUUUACGCCGACGUUGUUCCCUUGAGACAGAGACCCAAAUACUUUGCCAUUGUACUUGGAGCUUGGGCGCUGGGUAGCGUGUUGGGACCGUUGCUUGGUGGCUUAUUUGUGGAGCAUCUUUCCUGGAGAUGGUGCUUUUAUGUCAAUUUCCCCUUUUGCCUAUUGGGGUUCAUCUUGGUGCCAAUAUUCGUGAAGCUCUCGCCCCAAAAGUCAUCCUUGGCAUCGAAGCUACGUCGUGUUGAUUGGGUUGGUAGCUUCUUCUUUAUCGGUGGUACGACGAGUUUUCUCAUCGGGCUCUCUUGGGCAGGUAUUCAGUAUGACUGGCUCAGUAUCCAGACAAUCGUCCCUAUGGCUACUGGGGUCGCAUCUGUCGUUGUGUCGAUGGUGUGGGAGGGCUAUGGCGCCCGUGAACCGAUGUUGCGCCUGUCUUUGUUUUGCUCUUCUUCAGCCAUCGCCGCAUACGCAUGUGCAUUUUGUCAGGGUUUCCUACUCUUCUGCGCACUUUACUAUCUACCGUUCUUCUUCAUAGCGGUCCAGUUUAAGACACCAAUGCAGUCCGGUCUCAACCUCUUGCCGGUUACCUGCCUCCUCCUUCCUGGUAGCAUCGUCGUCUCGAUCCUCACAUCCCGGCUAGGUCGGUUCCGGUGGGCUGUCUGGAUCGGCUGGGCGAUCACUUCGGCCGGAUGUGGCCUGCUCGUGCUUUUCGAUCAAGAUACCACUACCGCCAUGUGGGCCGGCAUCCUGGCAGUCUUCGGCGUCGGCAACGGCAUGGUGCUUACGAGCGUCAACGUGGCGAUUCAAGCCAUCAGCCACGUGGAAGAUUGCGGGCGCGCUGCGGCCAUGUAUGCUUUCAUGCGUACCAUGGGCAUGUCGAUUGGGGUGGCAGUCGGCGGCACCACUUUCCAGAAUGUUAUGAGCAGUAAGCUGCAAGAUCUGGGGUUGCCCGAAGCCAUCGCGCUUAAUGCAGAGGGCUUCGUUGAACAGCUGGCAUCUCUGAAGCCCACAGAUGCAACGCGCCUCGACAUUCUGCGUUCUUAUGAAGAAGGCUUUCACGGCGUCUUCUGGGUCAUGACGGGCUGCGCAUGCUUCGGAUUCGUAGCAAGUUUGGUCAUCAAACGCCAUAGCAUGGACAAGAUCCUCGACUCCAAGUUCGUACUGAACGGUCAUCGUUCUGGUGCCGACAUGCUAAAAAAGCCUGAAGUCAUCGAUCCAAAGGUAGCUCACACGUCGCAGCGGGCCAGUCAAACGUCAUGGGUAGCACCUGAUAGACGCGUCUCAAACAUGAGUCGACUCAGUACCAUUGGUAGUACAUUUUACAUCGACGCCGAAGGCGAAUGCACUCCGUCUAGGCCUUCUCUCAUGUCUAGAGACGAAGAUACCACUCCACAGAGGCCACUGCCGAUGCGCUCGCCGGAUUUCAAUAUGCUUUCUGAGAAGACGAACAGGCCGGGGCCGCAUCCGGUUGCGAGAGGCGUGGCAUCGUCGGCGUUGGAACAGGCGCCAGCGCUGGCCUUCUACAUCGCGCCGGGGAACAGAAGGGUGCCAGUGGACAUUUCGACGGGGUCAGAGUUGGUGCAUCCGUUUUCGACAUCGCAGUUGUCAGUGCCCAAGGCCACCUUCUUGCGUCCGCCUAGAUCAGCAGCCAAAACAGCAGAGACGCGAAGGAUCAGCAACAUACUGAAGCGGGAUGGAUUUUGA